AUGGGAGAAAGCCGAAACACAAAAAUUUUCAUUUCAGUCAGUUUAGCAAUAGCGAUAUGCUUUACAGUGGUAGCAAUUGCUGAAGAUAAAACCCUUACAGCCGAAUAUAAAUCAAGUUCGUUGAAAGCAUUUCAAGCAUUCUACUUCCUCGCUCUCAUCGCUUUCAUUGUGGCGCUCGUACUAUAUGCAGUGACUAUUUUCACAGAAACUCGAAAAAUCUUGAGCAUUGGAUUUUUUGUCGCGAUUGUAGUAGGAUGUAUAUGCUGUAUUAUCAGCGUGAUUAUGUUUUAUCAAAACUAUUCCAGCUCUCACAUGAGUGUUCGGCCACAUCCCAGCUCAUGGUUACUCGGCGUUAUUUUGGCUUCGUUUCAGCUUGUUGUAUUCGUAUUCAUGUAUAUUUUCUACUGA